CUCCCCGCACUCCCUCUCUCCCUAUUAUCUCCGCCGCCUCGAAACUCCAUCCUUGCCCAGGACUACCGCCCUCCUCCCCCUCCCUGGCCACGUCCGGCGCCGCCUCCUCCUCCUUUUCCAUUGCCGCACCACCGCAGUGCUCAGCCGCGCCCCUACGCGCUAGAGGCUAGGGUUCAACACGGUGGGCAUGGCCACCGCAUCCGCCGCGACGGACGAUGUCCGGCGGCCGUGCAGGCCGAGUCCGGGGACGCAGCUGUGCUCCAGAUCCAAGAACCGAGCCUGAAGCCGCCGGUGGUGGUCGUACACGAGUGGCCGAGCGCGAUGGGCGCCCACGUCGUGGAGGCUGCGGGACGCGACGUGCUGUCGUGCGGCGCGCGGCGCGGGCGCCGUGGGGCGCUGGUUCUGGGCGCGACUAGGCGCGUCACAUACGUCGUGCUCUGCAAGGAGCCCUCGCCGCUCGAGCUCCGGGGCACGACGGUGAUCGUAGGACUGGCAGGGUGCUUCUUCCUGCCCUCUGCCUCGCCAGUGGGCGUGGUGGUGUUCCUAGACAGGUUGCGGGGAGCCGUGCUGGGCGGUGGCCUCGCCGAGGGAGGGCUUGUGGUUGCACAGACGAUUGUGGUCAUGGUGGCCACGUUCGUGGGUAGUGGCUGCAGUUUCUUGGCGGCGUGGCCGGAUACUGGCGGUGCGAUGGCCUGCCGCAGUGGCAGUCCAGUACCAGAUGUUCCCACCGCACAAAGGAAACACACAAAUCGACCAGCCCCACUGUUACCCUGGUCUCGCUGUGCCCGUGUAGUGGCUGCAGUUUCUUGGCGGCGGAUGCGUCGACGGCGUCCCUCUAUGCAUAUGGGUCAAAUCGUCCGCGGGUUCGUAGGCCUCCUCUCGCUGACUCUGUCAUUAUGCGCAAGCGGCCGCAGCAGCAGGGGAACGAGGCCUUGCUUCACUCCGUCGUCAAGCCGAGCAGCAGACAAAGCAGGGGAUCUCACCGAGGCCUGGCACGCUCCCGCUGUUGAUGCCUGGGUCGCCUAGGCGGCGAGAGGCAGAGGUUAGACGGAGAACUGGAGAAGGGGAUCCCAAUUAGGCCUGUCGCACCAGGCAUGUCCUCCAGCGUCCCAGCAGCCCCCUCCUCCCCCAGAUCAAAUUGCAUAAAGUGAACUGUUGGAUGCCGUUGCCUGGAUCAUUUUUGCUGCAUCACCGGCACACCAUCCGUACUCUGCUUCCAAGCUCACCGAUUUUGACUCUGAAGUCUGCAGCAUCGACGAUGAACUAGCAGGUCACGUCUGCCUGCAACAGUGGAGCACGGCCUCAAGAAAAAAUCUCGGUGGAUAUUAAGUUGACAUCAACUUAUGUCUUGCAACGUGUUCCAGUGGCCAGGGAAUGGCUGUAUACGAUGUGUUUGACUUUGAUCCAUAGCUUUCAUGUAGAAUAAAUGAAGAACAUGCCAUGACACUUGAUUUUCAGUAAGAACUAAGAACUGAGCUGAGUACUGACACCAAUAUUUCCUUGCUUGCUUAUGAUGGAUUUGCUAUGGUCAGCUAUAGUGCCAUUUUUUUGAUUCCUGGAUUCUUGAUGUGAGCCUAGACCAAAUGUUCCUCCACCUUCUGCUCAAUCAUUUGUUCUUACAAAAUAAGGUGCUACUGAAGUUGAUAUGGGUUGACUCAAGCACCACAAAAUCAUAAUACAUUGUCUUGCAUGGUCAAGAACUGAUGACCUUGAGGACCAACAACAUCAGUCGUAGUAAUCAUCCUAAAGCGACUGUUCAUAAGCCUAUGAUGUGGUCACCAGCCCCCAACAUUUCAUAGAACAAUGCGCUAAUGUUUCACUAGAGGUCCUCUAUGGAAGGUUGGAUGCAGCCGGGAAUGCCUGAAACUGAGUUUAAGGAUGUUAAUUCUGUUAAUCAUUAAUCUUUUGGUUAUUCCCUGGGAUAUUUCAUGUAGACCUUUGAUGGGACCGCUAACUGUCUUAGUUCAUUCAAAACCCAGUUCUAGGUUGAUGCGAGCAAAGAAUUAUUCAAGCACUUGAGUUACCGAGAAUGGUUGAUUCGUGAACUGGAGAUCUUAUUUUAUUGUAAGUAGUGUCCAAAACUUUCUGGGAGGUUAAUCAUGUAUGUGUAUGUCUAAAAACAUGGCCCCUGAGUUGAGAAAUAUAUUGAUUCUUUUCUGCAGUUUCAA